UUAUGAUUCCAUCUGCUGCUGUAGCCACUAGCCGGUCUCACCCAUCCCUCCUCCAAAAGCUGUCACGCUCGUCUUCCUGCUCAGCUCCUAGUGUGAAAUCAAACAAACGCCAAGAUGUCGGAGAAAAAGAUGUCUUCGAGUCGGAGGCAUUACCUGAAGCUGGGCUUUUCACACGUGUAACCUGCAUGCCUCAUUGUCUCCAGAGCUUGAUGCUCUCCAUUGCUAAAGGCUUACUGGAAGACGAGGCAAAGGAGAACGAGCAAGAGAGAAUAAGAUGGAUGGCGGAGAACUGCCCUCCCCUGUCCCUGCCAGGGGGUACUCAACAGUUACAGGAGUUCUUGAAAGAGCUGCAUCAUAAGAUUGACGUGAUAGAUGAGGAGAGAUAUGACCUGGAGAGCAAAGUGAACAAAGCCACUAAGGAGAUUGAAGAUUUGAACAUUAAAGUUAUUGACUUGAAGGGCAAGUUCAAGAAGCCAACUUUGAGGAAAGUGCGUAUGUCUGCUGAUGCUAUGCUCCAGGCUCUGCUGGGCUCCAAGCACAAGGUGUCUAUGGAUCUGAGAUCCAACCUGAAACAAGUAAAGAAGGAGGUCAAAGAGGAGGAUAAGGAACUGCGUAAUGUUGGAGACUGGCGUCAGAAUAUUGAAGACAAGUCCGGAAUGGACGGGAGGAAGAAGAUGUUUGAGUCCGAGGGUUAAUUUAGUCUAUCAUUUCCCUGUAUAGAUCCCGCUAAGCAACACAAAACUCUCACUUUUUUGAACAUUUAUCUUUUCAUUUGAACCAGUGUAUGUGUGUAAAACAAAAGGACAAUUAAAUGCUUCGAGUGGAACAGAAACGUGCGUUAAUAAAUGCUUUUCAGAUUGCCACAA